GGGCGGCGGGGGCGACACGUGCCACCUGUCACACGCCGGUGAGAACGGCGCCGAAGAGGGACCUGGUUGAUUCCCGUUGGGAUAUCGGCAGUUUUCCGCACGCGGUGAUCGGCGGUGGUGCAGAAGCGGAUCGGGAUCCGGGACCAAAAUCGUUCUUGGAAUACAACGGUGGAUUGAAAUUUCUGGGGAUUAUUCGGGAGGCGCCGCUCCCUCUGAUGGUGAGAACCGGGCCCAAAAAUGGAGCAGCUUCGAGGCGAAGGGCCGGAGCCAUCCGGCUACGGAAGCGACUCCAGCAGCGGCGGUUCCGCCGAUCAGUUUCUACGCGUUCGGAACGAUGUCCGCACCGUUUCCGCUUCCGCACCGAACGCCUUCUCCAUCGACAGCAUCCUCGGACGGUCCCAGAGGAACCAAGACGUCACGUCUGCCACAACCGACGGGGAACGCGAUGAUGACGAACAGGAGGAGAGGGACGAGGAUCGAGGAAACUUCGUCAGGCCGACGGCCGUAUCCGCAUCCCAUUCCGGCUUCGGCACGGCGCUUUACUCAACCGCAGGUCUGACCUACCCUGAAACGGCCCUAACAGACCCCGCCGGAUAUUCGGCAGCAUCCCUGGCAUCCGCUUCUCUCCUCUACAGUGGUUGGUUCGCGCAAUCCAAACCUGGACAACUUUUCGGUCUACAAGCUCCAAAACCAAGCGGUAGACGAUCUCGGAAGCCUGGAAUAGAUAGGAAACCACGACAGGCGUACAGUGCUAAGCAGCUGGAACGACUGGAGGCUGAAUUCAAAGUUGACAAAUAUCUGAGCGUGAGCAAGCGAAUGGAGCUGUCAAAAUCGUUGAAUCUGACGGAAGUCCAGAUAAAAACGUGGUUCCAAAAUCGACGAACAAAGUGGAAAAAGCAGCUCACGUCGCGUAUGAAGAUCGCCCAACGCCAGGGACUUUUACCCCCGACGUAUUUCCCGCCUGCGCAAUAUCCUCUGCUUCCGUACUACGCGGCGCCGCUGAUGUUCGGCGCCCUGACACCAGAUGACGCCACCGGUGUCGGUGUCGCAACGCUCUCGCCGUGUCCCGUCGUCUCCUCGGCCGGUAACUCGGUUUGAAUCCGGAAUGAUGCCCGGUCGGUACUGCAGACAACUGGAAUAUCGUUGAAACGGUUGUUCGGUUCACUGUUUUAUUAAAUCUGUGCUGUCGGUUGCAGCAGCGUCGAAGAUUUACUGGGGGAGUGCAAUAUUGAAAGAAACCUCAAACGUGGACGUUUUAUACGACGUUUCGCGAUCAAAUUCACAGAGGGCGAUGGACUCUCGAAAUCAAUUCUGUUCGACAGCGAGUGUAUUUUUAUUUUUCCCAGCGCGUUAUCUACAUUUUUGCAAAAUAUC